AUGCCCCUGGCUGCCUACUGCUUCCUGCGGGCCGUGGGCAAGGGCAGCUACGGGGAGGUGACGCUUGUCCGGCACCGGCAGGACGGCAAGCAGUAUGUCAUCAAAAAACUAAACCUCCGAAAUGCCUCCAGCCGAGAGCGGAAAGCUGCUGAGCAAGAGGCCCAGCUUUUGUCUCAGCUGAAGCACCCCAAUAUCGUUACCUAUCGAGAGUCUUGGGAAGGAGGAGAUGGCCUGCUCUACAUAGUUAUGGGUUUCUGUGAAGGAGGGGAUCUCUAUCGAAAACUCAAAGAACGGAAGGGCAAACUUCUGCCUGAGAACCAGGUGGUGGAGUGGUUUGUUCAGAUCGCUAUGGCCCUGCAGUAUUUGCAUGAAAAACACAUCCUUCACCGUGAUCUGAAGACUCAGAAUGUCUUCUUAACGAGAACAAACAUCAUCAAAGUAGGCGAUCUGGGGAUUGCCCGAGUGCUAGAAAAUCAGUAUGACAUGGCCAGUACACUUAUCGGAACACCGUACUACAUGAGUCCUGAAUUAUUCUCAAACAAACCCUACAACUAUAAGUCUGAUGUUUGGGCUUUGGGAUGCUGUGUUUAUGAAAUGGCUACACUGAAACAUGCUUUCAAUGCAAAAGACAUGAAUUCUUUAGUUUAUCGAAUUAUUGAAGGAAAGCUGCCACCAAUGCCAAAGGACUAUAGCCCACAACUGGCAGAACUGAUAAGAACCAUGUUGUGCAAGAAGCCUGAGGAAAGACCCUCUGUGAGAAGCAUACUUAGGCAACCCUACAUAAAACACCACAUUUCUUUGUUUUUGGAGGUCACAAAGGCGAGAACUUUCAAAAGCCAUAUUAAAAAUGGUAACCCUAAAACCAGACCUGCUGCUGAAGUUAUUUCAGUAAAAACUGAAUUAGACACUGAAAGGAUCAUCUCUCAACAAUAUUUCUCAAAGCCUUCCAAGAUACCUACAGAGGUUGAAGAAAAAUGUUUAUCGCAGGAUAAACCCAUGGAUGCUUGCCAUUCAGAAAUAGCAUAUCCUAAAAGCUAUCCCAACAAGAAUGAUAUGCACAGCCCGGGAGACUCUUUAGCAACAAUCAGCAAGGUGGAUAUUAACAUCUUACCUGCUACUGAAAGGAGAAACUCAGAGAAUGAUAACUUACUGCAAAAUGACAAGCUGAAACACUCUGAUAUUUCUCAUGAGCCAGAAGCUCAAUUUAAUGUGGCCCCAGUGAAGGAAGAGGGUCAACAACUUAGUACAAAGCCUGAAAAUGUAGCUUCCUCUCAGACUUCUGGCGAGAUCAUUGAUGAAGAGAAUGACACGAUGAAACUUCUGCAGCCCUUGCACCAGGACCUCAAGCCAGUGGGCCAGGAUAGUUUGGACUCCACCGAAAAGCUCUUAGCACCAUUCGUUCCUGUUGUCCUGGAUAGAAUCAACCCUUACUUACAGCCCCAUAGUUCUGUGUCUGAACCCUUCCAUUCCCGGCAACGGAGGCAGAAAAGAAGGGAACGAGUUGAACGAAGUAGAGAUAAUGGACAGUUCCAGGAAGUGCUUCCUAGACCUUUGCCUUCUCCUCCCAUUGCUAGUAAAGUAGUUGAGAAGAUGACACAGAGGGAUGCUGAUAAACAUAACACAGAAGUAAUGGUGUCUGUGGACAGUUCAAGAAGCAGUGAGAUAACAUCCUCCAAGGAUCGACCUUUGUCCGCCAGAGAAAGAAGGAGACUAAAGCGGUCACAGGAAGAGAUAUUUCCCACUGUUUUUUCAGGUCCUUCAGUGAGAAGAGGCUCUUUGGAUGCGGGAGAAGGAAUGAAGUUGCACGUAGAGAAUGAGCACGUGAUAGCUCAUCAGUUAUCUUCAGAUGUGGAUACCUCUCAGGAAAAGAAAUUAGUUCAUUGUCUGUCUGAGGAUGAAUUAAGUUCUUCUACAAGUUCAACUGAUAAGUCAGAUGGAGAUUCCAAGGAAGGGAAAGGCCAUACAAAUGAAAUGAAUGAUUUGGUACAGCUGAUGACUCAGACACUAAAAAUGGACUCUAAAGAGAAUUGUGAGAAUCUUCCAAGACUUCUUCCUAUGUCAGAGUUUAGACUUCAUCGAAAAUACAGAGACACACUAAUUCUGCAUGGGAAGGUUGAAGAGGAUUCAGAGGAACUUAGGCUUAAAGAACUUUCUCCAGCUGUUGUGUCUGGUUCUGAAAAGAUCAGAAGAAUGAUUGAAGUCUUGAGAGCUGAUGUAAUUCAGGGAUUGGGAGUGAAGCUUCUAGAGAAAGUAUAUGAUCUCAUGGAAGAAGAAGAUGAACUGAAGAGAGAAGUGUGUUUGCAGGAGCAUUUGGGUGAAAAAUAUGUAAAUUAUAGCACAAAAGCUCGACUGCUGAAAUUUUUUGAAGAAAAUGUGAAUUUUUGAACACUUGUCCUAAUUUGUUGUCAGAACUGAAGACCUAUUUUUAAAGGUUGUUUGGUUUGUUUUUUCUUUUCCCUGGAAGGAUUACCUCAACCAAACACAUCAGAUUGGUGGCCACUGAAUUUGGCUAUGCCUGUUUUUCUGGGAUUUUUGUGUUUUGCAGGAGUAUAAAAAUGGAUAUGAA